UCUAUGUCGCUUCAACAGACAUUGUAGAAAUAUAUUUAUACGGCAAUGUAUAUAUGUAGGAGUGGAUUAAAUUUAUAGAAACGAAGAUUGAAAAAUGGGAUGAUUGAAAAAAUUUCGAAAAUGUCUAAGAAUUGGUGACAAACGCAAGAAGUUAACUACUCAGAAUCAUCCAACUCAAGCGGCGGUGUGGUUGAAGAUGGAUUUGAUUAGAAAAUGGAUUCCCAAAACAUAACUGAAGGAAAUAUGUUAAUGGAAGACUCAAACUCAACAAAGUUAUUAGAAUGGGAAAUAUCAUAUGAAGCACAGAUUAUAAGUGCAGUGUACCUCUCCGCGGGGUUGUUCAUUGGUUUGAUUACCAACACUCUUCUUAUUCUUGUCAUUUGUCUUUCACCAACACUAAGAACUCCGCCGAAUUACCAUCUGGUAAAUAUAAGCUUUAAUAAUCUACUGCUGAGUAUUUGUAUGAUAUUUUCAACACUUUCAGUAUUUGGAGUACAAGAUCAUGAUGACAACUUUUUUGUUGCGAUUCAACUUUUCAUUACUCAGCAUUGUACCACGCAAUACUUUGCAACUUUUGCUUCUAUUGGGAUCUACAGGAAUAUAACACUUAGCAAACCAACUUUAUCAUUGCGCAUACGAAAAAGAAUAGUGCGUAGAUCUAUUUCAAUAAGUUGGUUUCUGACGUGUUUACUCAGUUUAAUCUUCACGAUUACUUUCAUGGAUAAAGAUUCAUUGUUGUGUAUCACACUGACGCCUUUUCAAAAAUCAUUUGUCAUAUGCCAAGAAUCGGAUUAUCUUCCAGAACCAGGAAAAAUUUGUAUGGCUGUCAUCAUCUGCUUCUUUUAUGUGGUUGCUUUAAUUUCAACUUUAUCAUCUUAUUAUACGAUAUCAAAAGAACUUAAUAUCAUUAAACCAAAGACAUCAAACAAAAUUUUGCCCAUAUCAAGGGCGAUGAGUUUAUCUUCAGAAGACACAUGUGAUCCCCAAAACCAUUAUCAGAUAGAGCCAAACAUACCAAGUCAAAAUGGUUCCCUCCAGGUAUAUACUAUACAGUGCGCUGACAGUGAGGAAACCGUUGUCCAUUACCAGAAAAAUGAAAAUAUGGUGACAUUUGAAGAGGUAUUCGCUUUACAAAAUCCCAUCCUAGCUCAAUCGAUGGCGAACUCCAAACGACCACUACAGGCCACGCUUAGCAAUGCUUCAACACAAUCGAGGACUUCUAGAAUCGAUUUUACUGAUAUCUCACCAAACGCUGACCUACAGAGAUUCCAAAUGAUGAAAAACAAUUCAGCUCUUAGAAAUCAGACGCUAAGACGAGACAGAAUAAGUGUCCGUAGUGCCACAAAGAAUAGCUUUAUCAUGUUUACAGGAUAUUUAUUGAGUUCACUUCCUUUAAUAAUAUGUAGUGUGCCUUAUGCUACCGCCAGAUCGGAAUCUAUAGCGACAAGAGUUUAUAUAUUUUUGUUUUUAAAGUUUUUAUUUUAUGCAAAUGCAUUUGUUUCAUCUACGUGGUAUUUAUUUUUCAGCAAAAGAGUGCGUAAAUGUUUGUUCAAAUUAUUAGAGGGUAGUUUUCCUUGUAUAUUUGGUAGACGUUAAACGUUUGGUUUAUAGAUUGAAGCAGGAAAACAAACAUCAUACCAAAUAUGAAACCAUUGAAAUUGAUAUACAAAAGGUUACAUAGUUUAAACAGUAUUUAAAUAGAAGUGUGUAGAAACAUUUUAAAUGAGUCUGGUAACGUGGUUAGUUGCUCAAUUUUUCAUGAAAAAAAUAUGUAAAUAGCGAAGUAAAUCAUGGCAUGUCGGUUACUUUAAUCCUUGACUAAAUAAAUUUGUUGGGCGCUCUAAACUAAAAUCGAUCUAGUUAUCAAUUUGUUGUUGUUAAGAUUUAUAUGUAGUAAUUUGCGACAAGAGAGGAGCAUGAUAACUUUUUGUCGUGAUUCCGUAUGGCAAUUUUUGGCUCUAAACUAAAAUCCAUAGAGCUUUUUCAAGCGUAACCCGAAUGCUAUUUAUAUCUAUACUAAUUGAAUCGAUAUAUAAGGGAACGACCAUUCAACUUUCAGGGGGUGGGGUAUGUUUUUUGUUGGUUUUUUUUUUUAAUAUUCUGAUCCCGAAUUUGAUAAAAAAAUAUUCUGGUCGCUUGACAGAUGACCAAAAAAAUUAUCAAUGCGCGAAAAAAGUUUCUGACUAAGGAAAACGCGAUACCCUCCCCCUUUUGACGUUGCUCCCUAAGGUAUAUGUCAUCAUCAUUGUCUUCUUGAAAAAUAUAUAGGUACGAACUUUUUGAAAUAAUUUUUGAGGGGGAAAAUUGUAAUUAAAUUUUCAGAUGCCUUUUUUCAUACUAGAUAGCUAAACGAGAGAAAAUGUCAACAGAAUUAUUAUGUUAGGUGUCAAGGUACUAACCUCCCUUUAAACCAAGUUAGUUUUUAACCACAGACACUGUGACAGUUUGUCCGUUAUAUCAUAAGGUAUGUCACUCAUAAUACUAUAGUUAUUAGGAAUCUAAGAUCUCAACUUCAAAGUUGUUUUUGUAUGGAUAAGACUAGGAUUUUCUGUCCGUUUUAUUCAAAUAACUCUUAAUAUGUUUCGGUACUUGUCCAUUCUUGGCUUUCACAAAUCUUUGGCUUUAAGCGCACAUGAUGAAGGUAAAACCAGAAAAGCGCUUCUGAUUCAUACAUAUUUAAAUGUUGUUUUCUUUUCUUAUUUGAAUAGAAAUUUAUCGAAAGCAUGGGACUUGACUAAGACUAUAAAGCCAUUGGUUUGGUGGAUAUUGUCCUAAAGUAUUCAUUGUCCUUCAUUAUCUCUUUAUAUGAUUCUUUUAAUGUGUUUAAAUAAAAUGUAACAUUAGUUUUCCGAAGUGUGUAGACAUGUUAUUUUCUAUUAAUUUACAGAUUUUACUAUAUGAACAAAGAAAAAAAACCAACUUAAUCCUUUACUAAUCAAAAAACAACUUUAUCUCGAACUAAUCAAAAUGCUUACAAGGAUUUUUCGAAGGUAAGCACAAUGUUUUGAGGUUUGUUAAUAUUUUUAUCUAUAGUAUUCCAGUAAUAUAUAUAAAAGUGUAAUUCUACAAAUUGUGCUAUUUGAGGAGAAAAUGUCAUAUCAAUUUGAUUUGUUAUUAUAUUACUUGUUACUGUAUCUCUGAUCUAGAUUUUAUACAUAGGUAUCGUCAAAAUCGAACGAUUAUAUAAGUAUAAACAAAAUGUAUAUCGUACAUGUAUUGUUAGUUGGUGCGCAUGAUUGUCAUAUUGUUGAGAAUAUUAUAUUGUUAUG